AUGGGCAGCGCUGCCAAGAGCAUAGGGAGCCUCGCCGGUCACCAGCAGCACCACCACCACCACCACCCGCCGCCGCCGCCGCCGCCGCUGCAGCCCGACUGCCUGUACGCCACCGCCCCCCAAAGCGCGCAGGGGCUCGGCCCGGCGGCCGACGGCCAACCCUCGGGCCACCGGGCCAAGGCGGUCAAGCGGCAGCGCUCGUCCUCCCCGGAGCUGCUGCGCUGCAAGAGGCGCCUGAACUUCAGCGGCUUCGGCUACAGUCCGCCCCAGCAGCAGCCGGCGGCCGUGGCGCGGCGCAACGAGCGGGAGCGCAACCGGGUGAAGCUGGUGAACCUGGGCUUCGCCACCCUCCGGGAGCACGUGCCGAACGGGAGCGCCAGCAAGAAGAUGAGCAAAGUGGAGACGCUCCGCUCGGCGGUGGAGUACAUCAGGGCGCUGCAGCAGCUGCUGGACGAGCACGACGCCGUGAGCGCCGCCUUCCAGUCGGGCGCCCUCUCGCCCGCUCUGUCCCCCCACUACUCGAACGGCAUGAACUCCAUGGCCGGCUCUCCCGUCUCCUCGUACUCGUCCGACGAGGCGUCCUACGACCCCCUGAGCCCCGAAGAACGCGAGCUGCUGGACUUCACCAACUGGUUUUGA